AUGCUGCUGAUGGCACCUGAAGUAGCUACAUUUAGUGAUGUUACGCUUCUGAUGCUCUCGCAACAUGGAAUCGUCAAAGUCAAAGAUGACCAAUCCAUGAUCAUAUCCGAGUAUUUGAUGGAAAUCAUGUCUCUGGAAAACCUCGAGGAAAGUUUACCUUACGACGCAACACUCCUGAAGGACUCCCUCGGUACUACCAAGUUUAUCCAGACAUGUUUCCAAGACAGUAUCGUCAAAAAGGAAGAAACCACCUGGGAACCUAUCGAAGGGUGCAUCGACAAUACCCUUUCAGAUACUACAACUACAAUUAGUCGGACAGUCGAGGGAAAGAUCUCAAAUAAGAUUGGUCCAUCGCUCACUCUAUCUGCUGUAGGAUUGAGCUUGGGGUUCGAUCCUAGAAUCAGUUCCAGCCAUUCCUUCCAACUGAAAUUCAGCUGUGACGUCGACGCCAGACAAAAAAUGCAAGUUUUUCUGAAACACAGCAAGGUGACAAUUCUGAAUGUCAAGCAGAGACGCUUUUCGGCUGCUGCAUUGUGGAAAAGACCAUUCAAGCUGUUUGAGAUGAGUGAAUGGGAGGAUUUGGACGAUGAGCACAGCACAUACUAUACAAGCUCCUCCAGGGCCUGUGUAACAAAUCCAAAGAUUUUACAAUGUUGA